GGCGGGGCUACGUCGCUCCCGGGAUCGCAUCCGCCGCCGAUGCCGAGAGAGCGGAGUGGAGCUGUUCCCUUCGCCCUGUCCCGGUGCGACGCACGCGCGCUCCCACGCUGGAAGCAAUCCGCGUGUCAGUUUUGAGGCGGCGGCCCCUCCGGCUCGAGGCGAAGCGUGUCACACAGUCCGAGCCGAGGCUCGUCUGAAAGGCAGAGGGGGGGAAAAAAAAAAUAGGACCGCAGUGACUGAGUGAGCGGGGAGGCGGCACUCGGUGUACCGUGGUAAAUCUACCCCGACGGAGACCCGCGGAAGGAACCGAAUGAACGGCGGCGGCUGGCGGGAGGCGCGCGCCCACCAUGCGGAGUGAUCCGAGCCUGUUCGCCGCCGGCGCCAUGGAGGAGCUGGUGACAGAGCUGCGUCUCUUCCUGGAGCUGCUGGACCGGGAGUACCUGAGUGCGGCUGUGAGGGAGAAGAAGUUGCUCAUCUCCAACAUCCUCAACAGGAUGCUGGCUGCCAAAGAGCCCACCCUCAAGACUGAGAUCCACGGCAGCCUCCCUGCACCCCCACAGAUGCCCCUGCCAGAGAUCCCGCACCCCUGGCUGCCUCGAGAUGACGGGCCACCCCCCCUGCCCAGCUCCUCGCUACCGGAGGGGUACUACGAGGAGGCCGUCCCACUGAGUCCUGGAAAAGCCCCAGAAUACAUCACUUCCCACUAUGACUCCGAUGCCAUGAGCAGCUCCUAUGAGUCGUACGAUGAGGAAGAGGAGGACGGCAAGGGGCAGAAGAUGCGGCACCAGUGGCCAUCGGAAGAGGCGUCCAUGGACCUGGUGAAGGAUGCUCGCAUCUGUGCCUUCCUGCUGCGCAAGAAGCGUUUUGGCCAGUGGGCCAAGCUGCUGUGCGUCAUCAAGGACAACAGGCUGCUGUGCUAUAAGUCGUCCAAGGACCAGACACCCCAGAUGGACCUGCUGCUCUCCGACUGCAGCAUCACUCACGUACCCAAAGACGGCAAGAAGAAGAGGCACGAGCUGAAGAUCGUCCACCAGGGGGCAGACGCUCUUGUGUUGGCAGUGCAGAGCAAGGAGCAGGCCGAGGAGUGGCUCAAGGUUAUGAAGGAGGUCUGCAACAAUGGCAGUGGAGCCACUGAUUCAGACGGCGUGGGCUCUGGCUCUCCGGUUCACAAACCCGAGCUAGAGAAGAAGCUGUCCUGUGACAGGCCGAGCUCAGAUGGCGAGUGGAACCUUGACAGUGUGGUCACGGACAGCAAGGACCAAGGCAAAGGAAAGAAGAAUGCUAAGGGGGAGCAGAAGAGCACUGUGGGUAAGGUGACCGGCAAGAAGAUCACAAAAAUCAUUGGCCUCGGCAAGAAGAAGCCAUCCACAGAUGAGCAGACAUCCUCGGCGGAGGAAGACGUUCCCACUUGUGGCUACCUGAACGUGCUGUCUAACAACCGGUGGCGGGAGCGCUGGUGCCGCCUGAAAGACAACCAACUUGUGCUGCACAAGGACCGCGCUGAUCUCAAGACCCACAUGGCCUCCCUACCCUUGCGAGGUUGCGAAGUCAUCCCAGGGCUCGACUCGAAGCACCCGUUCGCUUUCCGCCUGCUGCGCAACGCUCAGGAGGUGGCUGUGCUCGAGGCCUCAUCCUCAGAGGACAUGGGUCGCUGGCUGGGGGUUCUGCUUGCAGAGACGGGCUCCACCACGGACCCCGCGGCGCUGCACUACGACUACAUCGACGUGGAGACGACAGCCAACGUCAUCCAGCUGGCCAAGCAGUCCUUCUGCUUCACUAGCAAGCGCGCCGUGUCGCCCAACCCCUACCUGGACAACCCUGUAAAUGGCUACGCCUGUCCUUCAGGAGUGGCGCUGCAUUAUGACGAUGUGCCCUGCAUCAAUGGGACGGACCCCAACGGUGUGUACUCCACCCCUGCUGCUGAGUGCCACCUUCUCUACGAGAACGAGGGCCUUUAUGAGAACUCGCCAUUGCCGAAACUCGCAGUUCACUAUUCCCCAAAGGCGGGCCGGCCUGUUGCCUCUGGCGCCCACUACAAAACCCCGGUGUCUAGCAGAGCACUGUCCUCUGUCCCACCGUCCUCCUCCUCUUCCUCCUCCUCAUCCCGUGUCACUAACACUGCUUCGGCCGGACGCAGCACACCUGCUCAGCUGAAGGGGAAGAAGGCGCUCACCACGAACGGAACAGGGUCCAAGCAGAAGCUGGAGAAGAACCAGCCGAAGAAGGUGAACGGAGCCCCACCUGUGAGACGCAAUGACUCCAGCACGGAGCAGUACAAGUACGGGAAGAACCGGGUGGAGGCCGACGCCAAAAGGCUGCAGGCCAAGGAAGAUGAGCUGAUGAAGAAGAAACAGGAGGUUCGCAACCGGCUCACCCAGCUGAAGAAGGAGAAGAAAGAGCUGCGUGCUGCAUUGGAGGCCAGCACGGGCAAGCGCUCUCAGGCCUCCCUGGCAGACAGGCUGAAGAAGGUGGAGGACGAGUGCAAGCUGAAGGAGGACGAGAGGGUCAACUUGGAGCUGGAGCUAAUCGAGGUCAAGGAGAGCCUGAAGAAGGCUUUGAACGGCGGCGUCACUCUGGGGCUCACGAUCGAACCGAAGCCCGGCACUUCCAGUCCCCAGUCACCGUCGUUGCUGCGGCGCACCGUGGACAACUCUCCCGUGUCCAGCUGUGACACGAGCGACACGGACACCUGCUCUCUCCCGGUGAACAGCGCCUCUCUCCUGCGGAGGCAGUCGUCUCAGAAGGCCCCGCCCCUCCGCGGUCACGUACUCCAGAAGGCCAAGGAGUGGGAGAUGAAAAGCGGCACAUAGACCUGAUGGGCGGCGUACAACCCAGCUUCUGUGUACAUAUAUUUAUGUGAACAUUCCUUCGUACGGAUGGUGAAGAGGAGCCCAGCAUGUAGACGAGUGGCUGUUGUGUCGCGUCAUAUAUCCAGGGCACAGAAACCGCUACUUUUUCUUACUGUGUGAACCGCAGUGUACCGUGCUGUGCCGCUGUGUGCCGGUGGUGUCACCUUUGUCCACAGGGUCUCUCUCCAUAGGGUUUAACACAGUUACAAAUGGAGGCUUUGAUGCUCUUCUGGUUUUUAAUACCUUAAAAACACAGUAUUUAUUUGUAAAUGUUUAAUGAAAUACUAGCUUCCUCUUUAUUUAUAUUAAUAUUUAAAGCUUUAGCAGUUUGGUAGAUGGCGCCUCCCUGAACACAUGGCUCGUGUGUCGAGGGAUGUGUACUUAGCUCGUCGUUUCUCAUCUAGUGCAUUCCACUGAAACAACUUGCCCUUGGCGGAGGCUCAAUGUCCGGCAAGCGUCGAGCCGCAGAGCGCCGCCAGUUGUUGGGUUGGGUCCUCUUUUCCAUGGCCCCGUGUUAAUGCCGGACCACAGAACUCCGUUCUAGGCCCUCGUGUCUGGACUGGGCUUCGACACUUCUGGAUUCUACUCUCCGGUGUGGGCGGCCCGAGUUCACAGGGUGUGUUUUUACCACCUGUGGUGCCAGGUGCUGGUUGGACCCGGUUAGGGACGUGCAGUACAGCUGACAGGCUGGAGGAACCAGCCACUCGGAACCCAAGUGGUGUGGUGAAGCCGAGGUGCUUUAAUCGCUGCGCUGCUGAACGCUGCACUUGUACACAGUUCUGGGCCCAUUGGGACUCCAUGGAUACACUGUGGAUCACACCAGUACUGUAGAAACACAAGAAGACCAGUGCAUAUGUGUAUGCAUGUGCAUGCUUUACAAAAUGUGUGUGUGUGUGUGUUCAGUGUUCGGAGAUCAGUGUUACUCUACAUCAGUGCUUCUCCACCCUGUUCCUGGAGACCAGCUGUUGACAUUUUUCCUUCAUUAAUUUAGUCGUCGUAUCACUGCAUUUUCAAAAUCCUGAACGUGUAACAAAAGUGUGUGGGGGCGGGGACUCUGGAUUGUAGAGCUGUUGGGAAAGGAAAGGCUUACAGUGCAGUGCGCUGUGCGAGUGCUUUCACUGCAGCGCGACUCGCUGCCCAACGUCGAGCCCAUAAGAUACGUGUGUGUGGAGAGCUCCAGACGAGCGUGGUUCCCACUCACCCAAAUAAGUUCUUUCUUACAAAUGAACUUUUUAGGUGGAGAAGAUUGCGUUCGGGCUCCGCCUCCCUCUUGCGCCCAGCACACAGGCCGGUAUCUGGGGAGCAGUGGGUUCGACACAAAGAGCACUGGGUCAGCUCCCCUUUGCCACACGCAUCUCUGGGGGGGUGGGGCACUAAUGUGGAAAUAUGUGAACGUGAAGUGUAAAUAGGUAUGGGGAAAACAGCAGUGUUUGUUUGGCACCUUAAAUGUGUUUCUGUCCCGUGUGCUAGUCUGACACACACCGACUCGGUGGACACGAGUUGUACAUCAAAUAAACUUUUUAUGUCGAG